UAGCUCACCCUCAAGAUUGUGGCUUGUCUGAAAAAACUUAGGCAAGAAGAAGAAGCCAAUUUCAAGAAAAAAAAGAGCAUAAGGAUGGUUGCCAGUGCUUUGACCCUUAAGGUUCUCCCACUGGUCAUUCUCCUUGGGACCACACAUUUGUGCGCUUCCCAAGUUUCCCUCUGGGUCCAGCUAAUGCAAGACAAGGAUGAUGACUUUGAAUACUAUGACUCCACGGAACAGGAGCAGGACCCCAACCUCCAGCACCAUUCCUGGGAGCAAGUGAGCUUUAUGGAGACAUCUGUAGGUGACUUCUAUACCAUGCCAGACCUAUGCCUCUCUGACCCCUGCAAGAACGGUGGUAGGUGUGCACCCAAUGGAAGGGACUUCAGCUGUGCCUGCCCCAAGCCAUAUGGUGGCACCACAUGUGAAAAAGUGGAGGACACGUGCCUGGACAUGAACUGCCGCAUUGGUGACUGCCUGGUUCUGUUAAGCCCACCUUAUUUUCGGUGCAGCUGUAAGCCUCCAUACAAGGGAUCGUUCUGUCAACGUGCAUCUAAUCAGUGCAAUCCAAACCCUUGCAAAAAUGGAGGUACCUGCAUACGGAACAGAAAGAGAUCAAAAUUCACCUGUGAGUGCCCUGAACCUUUCAGAGGGAGAUUCUGCGAGAUCGGACCAGAUGAUUGUUAUGAAGAAGACUCCUCUAAGUACAGGGGAAGAGUGAAUCAAGCAGUAGAUGGCAGGACCUGCCUGAACUGGAAUUCCCACCAUCUCCUGGACUUUCCUUUUAAUGCCUUUAUGGAGAAUGCUGACUUUCAUGGCAUUGGUGAUCAUAAUUUCUGCAGGAAUCCUGAUGAAGAUGAAAAACCCUGGUGCUAUGUCAGAAAAAAUAAGGAAGUAGAUUGGGAAUUCUGUGAUGUUUCACCCUGCUCAGAUGAAGAGCCAACAGACCCACCUGAAUCAAAUGAAAUAUUCGAUACAUGUGGGCAACCAGAAGUUCGUGGAACACUCAAGAGGAUCUAUGGUGGAUCCAAGGCUACAGCUGGCAAACAUCCCUGGAUGGCAUCUGUGCAGAUGAAGACUCCAGAUGGGAGUACACAUUUCUGUGGUGGAGUGCUAAUUAAAUCAUGCUGGGUUCUUACUGCUGGGCACUGCUUUGAAAACGUGAAACGAAAUAUCCAAGUAGCCCUUGGAAAGCAAAACCUGAAGAAGAAAGAGUUUCAUGAGCAAAGGUUUGAUGUGGAGAAAAUCAUUAUUCAUGACAAAUACAGUGACAGAGGUGGUGUCCCAUACAAUGAUAUUGCACUACUUAAAUUGAAGCCAGUUGAUGGUUACUGUGCAGUGGAAACAAAGUAUGUGAAAACAGCAUGUCUCCCUAACUUCUUCUUUCCUGCUGGGACUGACUGCUUCAUUUCUGGAUGGGGAGAGACAGAGACAGGUGAAGCAUCUGAUCAGCUGCUAGAUGCCAGGGUCAAGCUGAUUUCACAGAGGAAAUGCAAUGAACCUGAACUACAUAAUAACUUACUGGAUGAAAGCAUGUUUUGUGCAGGGAAACUUCGAAAACCCGGAACUGAUUCUUGUCAGGGAGACUCCGGAGGCCCACUGACUUGUGUGGAAAACAGCUCCUACUAUGUAUAUGGCCUUGUGAGCUGGGGUGAUGGCUGUGGGUUAAAAAACAAGCCAGGAGUUUAUACCCAGGUGACAACAUUUCUCAGUUGGAUUAAAUCUGCAAUUCAGGCUGAGUCAAGGUUACGUCAUUAGGAGAGAACGACAAAUGGUUUGAAAAAGACUGAAGAACUAAUUGUGAUCUGAAUACAUCCUGCUAAUCUAGAGCAAAUUCCCUGAUGUCUCCCAGAAGACCUGACCUUGGCUAGUCAGUGAGAACUUUGCUCCCAUUGGACUUUGUCUUAUUCUUGUUAAGCCACCUGAAUCACACUUUUGUAUUCUCUUAGGUCGAUGGUGCCAAUAAUCCAGGAACAUAAAAUUCUCCAAAAAUUAUAAGUAUGGACUAAGAUUCACCCAAUUUAUUCAUUACAAAUUAUUUCAUACUCUACCAUCCAUGGUACAAAGCUGAGCCUGCCAGUCACCUAGUACUAAUUUCAUUUACAGCUUCAAAUAAAUAGCAGAAUCUGUAAUACAUACAGUGAUAAAUCAUAAAGUAUCCACACAAAAUAAAAUUAUCACUUAUAAA